UCCAGGGUGCUGGGCAGACCCAGGCCCCUCCCGGAGCGGGGCGAUCAGCCCGAAUCUGCCCCGCUGGGGUCCCGGCUGUCCGCCUCCCAGCACGUCCCGGCAGGGGAGGGAGCGGGACCGGGACCCGAGCGCUGCGUCCUGCCCCGGGCACAGAUAGGUGGUUGGGAAGCUGCCUGAGGCAGGGCUGGCACUUGCCUGGAGUAACCGGUGAAUAGAUUAGCCCAUGGGGGCCCUUUCCCUGAGCCACGUCUUGGCCAACCCUGAAUUGGGGAAGUGGGCAGCACGGACUUGCUUGUGGUGACAUCUCCGUUUGUGGCCGUGGUGGGAACAGCGCAGGGCAUCUGCCUCUGGCCGGCAGGGUCCUUGUGGCUGCGUGUGCCGAGGAUGAGACCUUUAUUAGAAACAAUCCCUAAGGAGGGCCCUGGCUUUGGGGUAGAGCCCCCCGAGGCAGGUGGCAUUGAGCCAGUGAAGAGGUUUCUCACUGGAAGUUGUCUAUGGUCACUCUGGGGUGUGUGGUGUAGGUACUGUGCUUUCUAAGGGUGCUUGGUGUCUGCAGGGUCUGGGUCUCACAGGGCAAAUUGGCCAAUGGCACCCGUAUGCUGGAUCAGUGAUUCUCAGCCAGGGGUCUGGGCCCCCUUGGGAGGCUGCAAGCAGGUUUCAGGGAGUCCGCUAAGCAUGGCCAGUAUUAGACUUGCUGGAACCCACAGCAGAAAGCCAAAGCCCCCCUGUGCAGGACUGCAGCCCGGGGCCCCAAGCCGCACCACCCGGGGCUAAAGCCGAAGCCUGAGCAACUUAGCUUCGCGAUGCCCCCUGCUUGCUAUCCCCUAAUGCUGGUCUUGGCUUUUAUAUGCAGAAAACCAGUUGUUGUGGCACAGGUGAGCCGUGGAGUUUGUAGAGCAUGUUGGGGGGCCUCAGAAAGGAAAAGGUUGAGAACCCGUGUGCUGGAGGAAGGAGUAAUUCAAGGGAUCCCCCUGAGAAUGGCUCCUCUGGUGGAGUGUCCUGCUGGUAAUACUCUGCACAGGGAGCUAGAUAAGGUCUGCCAAGUUCACCGUGCCCUGAAGGCUGCUGAGGGAGAGACUUGUUGCAGCCCAUGCAUCCCCCUCACUCCAGGCUCCAUGCUGCUGUCAGAUCAGGCACUGUCAAGGUUGUGCCUGGCUGUCGUGCUGGCUGCUCUCCCCACCAUGGCUGCCAGUGAAGUGGUAUCAGCCGCCCUACAGGACUCGUGGGCGGACUUCUGGCUCUUCCGUUUCUUCCUUAAUGCUGCGGGCUAUGCGAGCAUCAUGGUGCCAGGGUUUCUGCUCAUCCAGUACUUCAAGAGAAAGAAUUACCUGGAGACAGGCCGCGGCAUUUGCUUCCCCGUCAUCAAGUCGUGCAUCUUUGGCAGCGAGGCCAAGUCCGCACAUCCAGAUGACGUCUCCCUGGCGGCCCGGAAUGAGACCAUGGAGUCCUCGACGGCCCAGCAGAUCCUCAAGCUGCUCUUCUGUGCUGCUGGCCUUCAGGCUUCCUACCUGACGUGGGGUGUCCUCCAGGAGCGGGUCAUGACCCGGACAUAUGGGGCCACUGAGACAGAUCCUGGUGAGAAGUUCAAAGAUUCCCAGUUCCUGGUAUUCAUGAACCGGAUCCUGGCCUUCACCGUAGCCGGCCUGUACUGUGCCCUCACCAAGCAGCCGCGUCACGGCGCCCCCAUGUACAAGUAUUCCUUUGCCUCACUCUCCAACAUCCUCAGCAGCUGGUGCCAAUAUGAGGCACUCAAGUACAUCAGCUUCCCUACCCAGGUGCUGGCCAAGGCCUCCAAGGUGAUCCCGGUCAUGCUGAUGGGCAAGCUGGUGUCGCGCAAGAGCUACGAGUACUGGGAGUACCUGACGGCGGUGCUUAUCUCGGUGGGGGUCAGCAUGUUCCUGCUCUCCAGCGCCCCCACCAAGCACCUCUCCACCGUCACUACCUUCUCAGGCGUGGUCCUCCUGGCUGGCUACAUCGUCUUCGACAGCUUCACCUCCAACUGGCAGGACGCCCUCUUCACCUACAAGAUGUCCCCGGUGCAGAUGAUGUUUGGGGUGAACGUCUUCUCCUGCCUCUUCACGAUGGGCUCGCUGCUGGAGCAGGGCGCCCUGCUGGAGUCGGUCCGCUUCAUGGCCCGCCACUCCGAAUUCGCGGCCCACGCCGUGCUGCUGUCCAUCUGCUCCGCCUUUGGCCAGCUCUUCAUCUUCUACACCAUCAAUCAGUUUGGGGCGGCCGUCUUCACUAUCAUCAUGACGCUGCGCCAGGCUUUUGCCAUCCUGCUCUCCUGCCUCAUCUACGGGCACGCCAUCACCGUGGUGGGCGGGCUGGGCGUCGCCGUGGUCUUUAUGGCUCUCUUCCUGCGCGUCUAUGCCCGCAGCCGCAUGAAGAAGCGUAGCAAGAAGCUGCCCGCCAGCGAGGUCCCAGUGCAGAAGGUUUAGGGACCAUGGGACAGACCAUGCCCUCCUCCCCUCUCCCACUGCAGGGCACUUGCUUUAUUUUUCUUCUCUUCGUGAACCUACUGAGGAAGGGGGGAGAAACAAUGACUCCCUUUGCCAACUGCUUUUCCUGAACAAGGAGCUGGAGUGGGCUUGGAGGAAGCGAGAUGCUUUCCGGGCCUCCACUGCACCAUUCUCCUGUUGCCUUAAUAGGUCUGAGUAUUUCAGUGCUCUGAGAUUGCUCCAGGAACGGAGCAGAGGGCAGGUCUAGUUCCCAGGAGUGCAGUGGGGUUAACUCCUGCCCUAGCUCCAUCUGGUACUCCGGGCUUCUCUUGAAGAUUAUUUAUGAACAAGGGAGCUUUAUUCCCUGGCACUUUCUUGUCUCCAGCUUCACUCCCCAUUUCUUUCCUCACUACAGAGCUGAUAGUAAGGGAACGGCAAGAAAACACUAUCAUUUUUCUUUACAGAUAUGUAUGAUUGAGAGGGAAGCUCCAGUCUCAGCCUGCCCCAGAAGCAGGUGGUGUAGGGAACGGGGCAGGAGCGCUGGCUGGAUGGGGGGGAACUCUCAGCUACAUCAGUCCCUGCCUUUCCCAACAGGAGGCGCUGUAGGGAACGUGGCAGGAGCAUGGGGCCUCUCUAGCCACAUCCCAUUCCAAGGCUGGUAAAAGAGCUGCUGCGUAGCAGUCUGGAUUUGUGGCAGGUGCCUCUUGAACAGUAGCCAUGUCCUUGCUGGCUUGGCAGGUCAGUGCACUACGCUGUCGCGGCUGGGAGCCUUCUCCAUUUCUGUCUCCUGGCCUGGCACUUCUGCUCCAUUCCAUUUGCGUUUUGUGCUGCUUUUCCUUUCUUGUCAUAGGUUUGAACUAGAACUCCCAGGAUCCCCUAAGGGCGCUUUCUGCUCUCUGGCUUCAGGGAUUUGUAAUUGGCUCCUACCCUUUAGAAAAGCACAAGAUCCCCUUCCUGGGAUGUUCCUCCUUUAUCCUGCCAGCAGGAGGUGCCAGCGCCAGCCCACUCAGCAGCCUAACUAGGGCUUUGUGGUACGCAGCGGUCCCGGAGACAGAACAAAGCCCAGCCCAGGUUCCCUUUCCCUGCACGGGGCUGCUCUCAAUCCUGGAUGCAGGGAGCCACUUGCCCUGGCUCCAACUCGGGAAGCUGGGUUUGACCCAGUAACUGUUUUGUUUCCAAACAGACCAGGCCCCCCCCCAUCUGCUAGGGGAAUGGUUUGGGUACUUUUAAAAUGCAACUUGGUCUCUUUUUAUUAAAUUAAAAAGCUGCUGCAACCAGUGCCCCAGGGUGGAAUGUUGGGGUCUGAAUGCGCUUGGGGGAGAGGGGAAGGCACUGCUCCCGGGAGCUCUCUGGCUAGGGACUUCGAUGCCGUUGUGGCUGAAGGGUGCACGCUGACUUUCUCACCACCUCCCCCUGGGGAGGCAGGGUAGCAUUAUUAGCCCCAGCCUACAGAUGGGGGAACAGGCCCAGGGCGUUGCCUGAGGUCACCUAUGGUGGGGUGGACCCAGGUAUUGAACCCAGCUCCCCUGAGUUCUAGUCUAGGCCAGAGCCAGGUUCGGGGGUUUGGGGCUUGCACUGUGUUCCAGCCUGAGCCCUCUGCGCACGCUGGCUGCUCGCUGUCCCUGUGUGGCUGGGAGGGCAGCUGUUAGCUCUCUGUGCCCUGAGUCUGGCCGCAUAAAUGUCUUGUUCUUGGGCAAUUGGCUCUGGUCAGCUGGCCUGUAGGUUCAGCCAUGGCCUCUUCUAGCUCUGCCUUCCAUUGCUGGGUAGGGGCCACUCUAUGCCCUGCUGAGCGCCUGCCACCCAGAGUCUCCAUUGCUGUAACAGGCCAUAUGGGAGUAAAGCCUUCAUGGAGCCGUGUUCUGUGCCAAACCCCAGCUUCAGCCCCACCACCCUAGAGGAGGAAGGUGUGGGGAGCAUGGUCCCUCCUCCUGCUGUGGAGAACAGUCAGUCAGGAGCCAGCAGGAUGGGAAGCUGGUUGAGGAAGUCAGGGACUAGCCUCCCUGCUAGGCUAACACUGUUCUGUAAAGUGCUCAGAUGACUGUGUUCACAUGUGGUCACCUGCUCUCAGAAAGGCUUGAGCAGCAAGAGAGGGGGUCAGAGCUGGGUGACAAUAAUACUCAGCGACUGGGAGAGACUGAAAAACACAGGGCUGUUUUAUUGGAGAGAGGAAAAGCGAGGACAUGAAUGGUCUAUAGAAGGUAGGUUGGGCAUUGCUCUUCAACCUUUGUCAUAACACCAGAGCCAGGGGCUACUCUAUGACACUGAAAGCUGCCAAAUUCAAAAUGGAUAAAAGGAGACAGUCAGGUAGUGACUGUUAAUCUGUGGAACUCACUGCCACAAUAUUCUACAGUGGCAAAGAGCAUCGCAGAAUUCAGAAGAGGAGAUGGCAUUUGUAUGGUUAAUGAGAACUGCCCCAUUCAGACUGGCAGUUAAAAAUAGAAAGGUUAUAAACCCCCCUGCUUCAGAGCAUAUGCCAGCCACUGCCUGGUGAUGUAUAGGGAGAAACUUCCCCUGUGGGCACAUUGUCCUUUCUGGGUUUUUUUUUUUAACCUUUUUCCACUGAAGCAUCUGGCACUGCCCAUUGUCAGACAGGAAUCUAGUGUGAGAACAUCCCUAUUUGUUAAGAUACAACUUCCACUUUUUUCCUCAGCUACCUCUGCCAUGGUGCAGUUGUGCAAACUAGAGCAUGUCCCCUGCAGUUGGUGGUAAUAA